AAAAAUUGAUGCAACCGCACACCGCAAGUACACUCGCCUGUUCUUCUCUUACCAAAGCGGCGAAUCCAUCCAUGGCCGAUCGCUACUUCCCCAACGAGAUGCCCGACUUCGUCGAAGAAGAACACGAGCAAGCUUCCAUUUCGCAGUCCACUCUCCACGGCCUCCUCCGCCUUCCCUACCCCAAGUUAGCCGACAAAUUCCUCGAAGCCGCGCUCGAUCUCAAAGAGAAGGUCGUGAAGCGGACGUGGUUGCGUGCCGGGCGGCAAGUGAGGGAUUUCACGCUCUACACCGGCGCCCUAGGAACGGCGCUGCUGCUCUUCAAGGCGUACCGGGUUACUAACAGCAAGAGCGACCUUGGUCUCUGCGGCGAGAUCAUUAGGGCUUGUGACGCUGCUUCCGCUGGAUCAAGCAGGCAUGUGACCUUCAUAUGUGGGCGGGCGGGAGUGUGCGCGCUCGGUGCUGUGGUUGCGAAGCAUGUUGGAGACGAUGUGCUGCUCCGCCAUUAUUUGAACUCGUUUAGGGAGAUAAAGUUGCGUGAUGUUCCUAAUGAACUUCUGUAUGGAAAAGUUGGCUAUUUGUGGGCAUGCUCUUUCCUGAACAAGCACAUUGGUGAGAAUACAAUACCGUCAACAGACAUGAGUGCUAUAGCUAACGAAAUCAUCUCCGAUGGGAAAAGAUUAUCCAACAAAAGCAGUUGCCCUCUGAUGUACGAGUGGCAUGGGAAGAAAUACUGGGGUGCAGCCCAUGGGCUUGCGGGAAUCAUGCAUGUCCUGAUGGACAUGGAUCUGAAUCCAGAAGAUAGGAAAUGCAUCAAAACCACGUUGAACUACAUGAUACAACACCGUUUCCAAAGUGGGAAUUAUCCCUCCAGCCAAGGAUCUGAGUCUGAUCGGUUGGUGCAUUGGUGUCAUGGUGCUCCAGGUGUCGCUGUUACCCUGACCAAAGCAGCUCAGGUUUUCCAAGACGAGCAGUUUUUGCAAGCUGAAGAAGAGGCGGCUGCCAUCGUGUGGCGGAGAGGCCUGCUGAAGAGAGUUGGCAUUUGCCAUGGCAUUAGUGGCAAUGCUUAUGUCUUCCUCUCAUUGUAUCGGCAUACCAGGAGGGUCGAAUAUUUGUACCAGGCUAAAGCAUUUGCUUGCUUUCUGCUGGACAAAGCUAACCAGUUGAUUGAAGAUGGGACAAUGCACACUGGUGAUCGGCCAUAUUCAUUGUUCGAAGGGCAAGCAGGCAUGGCAUAUCUCUUUUUUGACAUGAUCGAACCUUCUGAAUCCAGGUUCCCAGCUUAUGAGCUUUAAACUUUGGCAUAGUAAACUAGAGGCUAAGGUGUACAUAUUGUAUGACUGUUUAAAGCUGAUUGCUCUUGUGAGAACCGGUUUAGUCAACAAGUUUAAGUGUUGUGUACA